UGUUACAUCAAGGCAGUUACCCCGCUCUAUAUUGAUAUGAUAUAUCAUUUUAAGGCGACGAUUAAGGGAUGUACAUAUAGUGGAAGGCAGCGUCUUAUCGAUACGUACAAUACAACUUCAGCACUAAGAUUCGAAAUAUCCUUACGGUUGGUUUUCCCCACGCCCAACUCCACAUCCUAUUACGCGCCCCCAACUCAAAUAGCAACUCUCAUAGCAAUAGCGCGUGUCAUCCCUAUUUCUACGCCAAUUGCAAUCUCUGUGGAAACAUCCUGGGUUUUACACUACUGUGAACAUGCCAGGAAAGGACGUAACGAGGGGUGGGAAGGGAGGAAAGGGUCUCGGCGGAAAGGGAAUCAAGAGGCACCGUAAGAUCCUUCGCGACAAUAUCCAGGGAGUUACCAAGCCCGCCAUCAGACGACUAGCCCGUAGAGGUGGUGUCAAACGAAUAUCAGCACAGAUCUACGAUGAAGUGCGAGUGGCCUUGAAAGCGAGGCUCGAAGAGAUCAUACGGGAUUGCGUAAUAUACACCGAAUACCGUCAAAGGCAAACGGUCACCAUCAACGAUGUCUUACAUUCCUUGAAACGAAUUGGCCGGCCUAUAUACGGUUUCGACGAUGUAAGCGGCAGUUCCGUAAAAAAACGGUAAACACUUGAAGGUUGGCGAUUGUAUGAGGGACAUAUUCAAGUCAAAGUACAACAACAUAGUGGAAGGAAAGAACGAAUAGAGUUGGCUUUUUUAACGAUCUGAUCGGGACUAUUGGCGUAUGGACGGCUAUGGAUUGGCUUUGCCCUUGCUCUUUAAACUCAGCUAGUUGGAACAUUAGCUCGCAACCGAGAGGUUACGGGAGUACAAAGUUACUCGGAACAUAUAA